AUGUCGUGGCUCACGCGCUCCAUCGCGGCCACGCUCUCCGGCGAGCCCGACCCCGACUCCGACGCCUCCGAAUCCGAGGCCUCCUCCGCCAGCAGGCCGGCCGCGGAGGGGUCCUCGCCGCGCGAUCCCGAGGACGAGGAGCCCGAGGAGCCCAUCACCCCGAGCCGCGGCGUCAAGGACGACAUCUCCGAGCUCACCGAGACCCUCACCCGCCGCCUGUGGGGCGUGGCGUCCUUCCUCGCCCCACCGCCGCCCCCGCCGGAGCCGGAGUCCUCGUCCCCGCGCGCCGCGCCCGCGGAGGCGGACGACGGAGAGGGGGGCGAUGUGGACGUGGACGGGGACGGGAUCGCGGGGAUCCGGAGCGAUCUGGCGGAGAUCGGGGGCAGGGUGAGGAGCGGCAUCUCCAUGCUGCAGAGCAACCUGGCCGUGGCGGAGAUCUCCAAGAUCGCGUCCUCGCUCCUGCCGUUCGGGGAGGAGGAGCCCGACGAAGGGGAGCCCGUCGCCGGCGGGACCGAGGAGGUGCUGGUCUUCGUGAAGCACAUCUCGACGCGGCCUGAGACGUGGCUCGAUUUCCCCCUCUUCAUCAGCGAGCGUUAUGCAGACGAUUUUGAACUGUCGAAUGCUCAGUAUGUGCAUGCACUAUCCAUGGAACACCUUGUGCCAAGCUUAUCAGAUUUAAAGGUUCAGAUUUGCUCCACUGAUAUGAGUGAAGCAUGUUUCUGGAAGAUAUAUUUUGUGCUUCUGCACUCAAAACUGAACAAACAAGAUGCCGAACUUCUUUCAACACCACAGAUCCUAGAAGCAAGGGAGGAGCUGCUGCAAAGCUUACAGGCUAAGAAUAAGCGAGGAUCUGAAACUACCAGAGAAUCAUCAGAGAAUGCGAAUGAAUCCUCUGCCCCAGCUGAAGAGAAGGUGAUAGAACCUUCAAUCAUCCAAGACAAAGAAGUCUCCAUAUCAGAGGUCCGUUCGUUUGAAGAACCCACCUCCGACAUCACGCCAGAAAUCGAGCCCGAGAAGUUCCCAGUGUCAACCACCGAAGUGGAAAUCAUCGACAAGUCAGUGAUCGAAGAAGAGCUGUUGUCAGUGAAAGAUAAAAUCAGGGCCCCACUCGUCCAGUCCAGACUCCACGCCGACACCGAUGAAGACGAAGUGGACGAAUGGCCUGACAAUGACUCAACCGAGGAGCCCGAGGCGGUAGCGGCAGCAAGCAACAGGGCUUCGCUGGGGCGGGAGGAGGACGUGUCGUUCAGCGACCUGGAAGACGACGACGACGACGAUGACGGCAAUAAAGGGUCGGGCAAGUAG